GAGGUGCGGAGCAGGACGAAUGUGAUUCUACUGGGGGACCAUCUGGGGGAUCUGGGGAUGUCGGAGGGCGUGAGCAUCAGCAAUCAGAUCGCGGUGGGUGUUGAAGUCUCGCAACUCAAGAGUUCUCUUGGCCCCUCGAUCUGCUCCGCGCAUUCGAAUCUUCAUACAAUCAGGUGAUUCCCGACUUGAUUUAAGUCAGGGUUUAGGCAAGAACCUUCUUGUAGCUUCAUCAAUCGCUCUCGCUGCAGUCCGCAUUAGACCGCCUCCGCUGUGCUGUCGAGGCGCCUCAUUCGGCGUUCUCGCCUGAGUCCGCAUUCGCCGCCCCCUUUACUUUUGAGUCCCUCAAAACUCGCCUGAGCCCGCAUUCGCCCCCCGGUCCUCCGCCGAUGGACGUCGACAGCGCGCAGGCGGAGCGGGAAGCGGCGGCGGGGGAGAAGCGCCCGAGAGAGGCGGAGGGGGAAGUGGCGGAGGGUAAUGCCGGGCAUAAGAACGAUGGGGAGGUGAAGGGCGGAAGCGAAGAGGAGGUAGAGGCGGGAGAUGAAGAGAAGGGGACAGAAAAAGGGGGGGAAGGAGAGGCAGGGAUCGAGAGCAAGACAGGAACGGAUGGUAAAAGAAAAGGAGAUAGUCUGGAUGGGGAUAAGACUGAAGAAGAGGGGGGAAAGGAGGACGCAGAGAGAGAAUCGAAGCGGUUAAAAUCGGGGACGGAAGCAGCGGAAAAAGCAGGAGCGGAAAAGGAAGAUGGCGAGAAGGAGGAGGGCGAGGAGGGGGAGGACGACGACGCGAAGAGAGAGCGCAACCGGAAGUACUAUAAGAAGAAGAAAGUCGCGCUCUUUAUCGCGUACUGCGGCGCGGGCUACCAGGGCAUGCAGCGCAACCCCGGCGCGCGCACUAUCGAGGGCGAGCUCGAGAAGGCGCUGUAUCGGGCGGGGGCCAUACUGGAGAACGACCUGGGCGACUUCUGGAAGAUCGACUGGAUGCGAUCGGCGCGCACGGACAAGGGCGUCAGCGCGCUCGGACAGGUCGUGUCCGUUCGGCUCGUGCUGGACCCGCCGGGGUUCGUGGAGCGGGUGAACAAGCAUCUGCCAAAACAGGUGCGGCUGCUGGGCUUCGUUAGAGUCACGGCAGGGUUUAACGCCAAGGACCAGUGCGACAGACGCAGGUACGAGUACGUCAUUCCCACCUUCUGCUUCAACCCCCUGGCCCACCGGGACCGAGAGUAUCUGCUGCGCAUGGGACUCAUAUCGGACGACGGGGGCGUGGAGGGAGCCCAGGGAGAAGGCGAGGGGGAGCGGAAGGGGGGAAAGCAGGGGGCGGAGGAGAAGGAGAAGGAGAAGGAGGAGAAGGUCGACGGGAUGGCAGUGGCUGGCAAAACAUCAGAACCUGCAAACGGCACAGCGGAGGAGGGGAGCAAAAAGACCGACAAAACAGAGGAUAAACCGGCAGACGCACAGGACCAGCCCAAGCCGUCCACGCUCCCUGUCCCGCCUCCCUCUGUCUUCACCCCGCCGCCCUACACCUUCGACUCAGCCGCCCUGGCCCGCCUGAACCAUCUGCUCUCCCUCUUCGUGGGCACGCACUGCUUCCACAACUACACCGUGAAAGUGAGCGCCAAGGACGCGGCGGCCAAGCGCUACAUCGUGUCGUUUGGCGCGGAGGGGGUCACACAGGUGCAAGGGAUGGAGUGCGUCAAGUGCGUGGUGGUGGGGCAGAGCUUUAUGCUGCACCAGAUCCGCAAGAUGAUCGGCAUGGUGUUGGCUGUGAUGCGCGGGCAUGCGCCAGAGGAAAUGCUCACCGAUGCUUUCAGAAGGGACAAGCGCUACAACGUGCCUCUGGCGCCUGAGCUGGGUCUGUUCCUGGUUGAGUGCAUGUUCCCCGCGUACAACAACAAGUGGAGCGGGUCGCACGACCCCGUGACCCUGGAGCCGUACAGGGAGCAGGCGGAGAAGUUCAAGGAGGAGGUGGUGUAUCCGCAUAUCGUGAGCACGGAGCGAAAGAGCCACGUGUUUGCCACGUGGCUGUCUAAUCUUAACGACCGGAAUUACCCGGAUUUUGUGAUUGCUAGGGCUGAGGCAAAAGGGCUGUUGGGUGGUGGUGAGAACGCUGGUGAAGGGGAGGGGCAGAAGGAAGAGCGUAAGGAGGAGGGGAAAGGGGAGGUGAAGGCAUAAGUGUACGAGGGAACGGGAGAGCAAGGAGGGAGGGAGGGGAGCAGGUGGAGCGGUUUAAGGAGGAGGUGGUGUAUCCGCACAUCGUGAGCAAGCACAGAGAGGAAGAGCCACGUGUUUGCCACGUGGCUGUCUAAUCGGAAUGACCGCAACUACCCGGACUUCGUGAUUGCUAGGGCUGAGGCCAAGGGGUUGCUGGGUGGUGAUGGGGCUGGUAAAGAGGAGGGAAAGAGGGGAAGGAAGAGGGGAGCGAGGUGGCGCUGGAGGAGGGAUUCGAGGGAGAGAAGAAGGAAGGGGAGAUGGGAGGCUAUGGAGGGAACGAGGGAGGGGGGAGCAGGCAGAGAAGUUUAAGGAGGAGGUGGUGUAUCCGCACCUCGUGAGCACAGAGAGGAAGAGCCAUGCAUUUGCCACGUGGCUGUCUAACCUCAAUGACUGCAACUACCCGGGUUUUGUGACUAGGGCUGAGGCCAAGUGGUUGCUGGGUGGUGAUGGGGGUAAAGGGGAAGGGAGAAAGGAAGAAGGUACGGAGGAGGGUGAAAGAUGGAUGGGGUGAACGAUGGAGAGGGGAGCAGGCGAAGGGUUUCAAGGGGAAAGAGUGGAAGGGGGGGAGAAGGGAAAGAGAGGGGAACGAGAGGUGGCAUGAGAGGUGGGGAGCAGGCGGGGCGGUGAUGGGAAGAGCAUGGAGGGGAGAAAAGGAAAGCAAGGAGGCGACAGAGAAUGAGAGGGGGGAAAGGAGGGGAGGGAAAGGAGGGGAGGGAAUUCAGGGCAGGCACAAAAGGGCUGUGGAUCGAGCCGGGGGAGGUGGUUGAGGAGAUGAGGAGCAACAAACAGACUGACAUAUUCCACGACGUGUUUCGUGUAUGCCUUAAGUAGGACCAACCGACAUGUCAGGCCCUGGAACAGACUGGUAACUUGUGUUGGGCUGAGAAAAUACCCUUAGGAUCUUUGCAGAGACUAAGUCCCAAGUUGUAAAAGGGAGACCUUGAGUAGUGCAGCGGAAGUUUAGUUGAACCCUUGUACUAGUAUGUGAGAACAAGUGAUUGAUUAAAAGAAACAAGCAUAC